AUGAGACCUUUGACCAAGUUCGUCUCAAUAGCUCACGUUCACCGUUGGACACUUCAAGACGUAAAAGAUUUUAUCUUUUAUGUCGAGAGACUUCAGUAUGAGGAAACUCAUUGCAAAAAAAUAGACGAGCUUAACAUCACUCAGAUGUGUCUUUUGAGUUUAUCGAAAGAGAAGUUGGAUUGUUGGGUAAAACUUCAAUGGAUCAAUCCGGCCCUAGCAGAUAUUUUGGAAAGCGCAAGUAUAGACUUGAAAGAAAGAAUUAUAUUUCAUGUCACGAUGUUAUUGGAAAGAGCACGAUUCCAAAAGUAUCAUGAUACAAUGAUCAGCAUGUUACAUGAUGACAUUAGAUUCGGUGUCGAUAUUAUAGAACACGAAUUCCAAGGAGACUUACGUGCAUUUUGCUCCAGGGUAUGUCGCCUAGGCUAUCAAGGAGAUGACUCUGAUGAAGAACGCCAUUAUGGAAGAUAUCGGAGAUCGCGUAAGAAAGAGAUAUCGCGUAUCAAUCUCAGAAAGGCCAGAAUAACGCACUCAGAAGAAAGCUCCGAAAGCGCGUCCGAGACUUCUGAGAGCGAAAUUGGAAGUGUGAGCAGCAGUGCAAAGAGCGUGAAUUAUGGGAAUCGUGAAAGUAUGGACUAUAGUGGAAGUAGUUCGGAAGAUAACCAGCAAGAGAGACGGGUGACGGAUGAAAUGACUGAUAGCGAUGACAAUGACGCAUCGGACAAGAAUUACCGUCUGAAACGUCGACUAACAGAAACGACUACCACAAGAGUGACUAGACAGAUGUCUAUGAGAAGUGGUCGGGUUAAGGGUCGAAAAGGUCGUCCUAGAAGAGACGAAAGCAGAAAUGGAAAUUUGUCACAUGUUGACACGAAAGCAACCACGAAGAAGAGUAUUCCUGUUAUUCACGUUUUUGCAUUUAAAGGUGAUCCUGUUCGAUAUUGUCACAAAUCAACCAAUGCCGGAAAGAAUGUAAUAAACGGAUGA